AUGACGAAAAGGAAGCGAGAAAAUGGUGGUGAAGCUACGAAAAAUGGGAGGCAAAAGAAUGGCGAAGACAAGCCUAAAAAGGAGUUGAUCAUCAAUGCCUUUGUGGAAAUGUGCAGUGGCCAUCAGUCGCCAGGAUUAUGGAAGCAUCCUGACGAUCGCUCUCAUGAGUUCAACAACAUCGACCAUUGGGUAGACCUUGCAAAGCUACUCGAUGAAGCCAAAGUCCAUGGCAUCUUCAUAGCUGAUGUUCUCGGGGGUUACGAUGUGUACAAUAGUAAUCUUGAUGCAGCAAUAAGGUCGGGUGCUCAGUGGCCAGUCAACGAGCCGCUGGCAGUUGUCAGUGCAAUGGCCGCAGCGACCAAAAGCAUUGGUUUCGGUGUGACAGUGUCGACUACUUAUGAACAGCCGUAUCAUUUGGCUCGACGACUAUCUACUGUUGAUCAUCUGACAAAGGGCCGACUAGGCUGGAAUAUUGUGACGAGCUAUCUGGACUCCGCCGCGAGGAACAUGGGCAUGAAGGAGCAGUUGGCGCACGAUGAGCGCUAUGGCCAAGCUGAAGAGUAUGUCAAGGUCAUGUAUAAGCUCUUGGAGUCUUCUUGGCGAGACGAUGCUGUUGUUCGUGAUCGAAAGAAGAACAUGUUCUCUGAUCCAGAUCGGAUCCGACAAAUCAACCACAAAGGCAAGUAUUUCGAGGUACCCGGUCCGCAUAUCUGCCAACCUAGUCCACAACGGACUCCGUUGAUCCUGCAAGCGGGUGCCUCGAAAGCAGGCAAAUCUUUUGCGGCGCAAAAUGCAGAAGCAAUAUUUGUUUCUGCACACGCGCCUAUCGUGUGCAAAGGUAACAUUGCUGAGAUCAGGGAGAUUGCUUCGUCGCAGUUUGGAAGAGACGGGCGUUCCAUCAAGUUUUUGGCCCUUGCGACUCCCAUUAUAGGCAGGACAGAAGAGGAGGCACAAGCGAAGCUUGCAGAGUACCGAAAGUACGCGUCAUUGGAAGGUGCAUUGGCGCUUUUCUGUGGCUGGACUGGGAUCGACUUGGGAAAGUAUGGUGACGAAGAGGAGUUGCGCCACGUUGAUAGCAAUGCGGUGCGGUCGACGGUGGAGGGUUUCGCUCGCUUCUCACCCGGCACAUCCAAAUGGACUAAGCACACAGUGGCAGAGCACAUCAGCAUUGGCGGAAUCGGUCCUAUUUUUGUCGGAACUCCGUCACAGAUAGCAGACGGGUUCCAAACAUGGGUUGACGAAGCGGAUGUGGAUGGAUUCAAUAUCGCAUAUGCGCUCUUUCCUCAAUCUUUCAAAGAUGUUGUAGAGUUGCUGCUUCCAGAGUUGAGAAAGCGCGGGAUGUUUUGGAAUGACUAUGCAGUUCCUAGUGGCACGUACCGAGAGAAUUUCUAUGGAAUCAAGGGACAGACAGGUCCUCCGGACGAGCAUGUUGCGUCGACGUAUCGAUGGAAGGCGGGUGUCGAUGCCAAAGAUCAUGUUAUUCCAGAGUAA